AUGACCCUAAUUCAUGGAGUGGAUUAUUCCGUUGUCGAUCCAGACAACAAAUGGAAAAUUCUUAGGUCGCAGUCGCGGUUUGCCCUUUGGGCUCUGCUGAUCUCGACUGGCGUUGUCAUGCAAGGGUUUGACAUCGUGGCCGGCGGUCAGCUCGCUGCUUUGCCUGAAUUUAGGGAAAAGUUCGGAGUGCUCAAGUCGGACGGUACCUACCUCAUUCCGGCUCACUAUCUCUCCGCCUGGAACUCGAUCGCCCCCGCUACCGAAAUCGUCGCUACCUUUAUCUUUGCGCCGUUACUCGAACGGUUCGGUCGAAAAUGGGGCAUUUUGGCAGCAUCUAUCAUCUCAGUUGCUGGGGUCCUUCUCCAACAACUUGCUCCAGACUGGAGGAUGCAUCUGGCAGGACGGGGUGUCAACGGUAUCGCGAUCGGUAUGAUGUUCACCAUCUCGCCUCUAUGGAUUGGCGAGACUUGCCGUCCCGAGCUCCGUGGCUUCUUUCUGUGCUUCUUCAAUACUAGUAUCGUCUUCGGCCAGUUUGCUAUCGUCAUUGUAAGCCAGGGGAGCAGUCACAUUUCUGGCAAAUGGCAAUGGUGGCUUCCUGUCGUGGCUAUGUACAUUUUCCCUCUCAUCUUAACCAUAUCCUGGCCUUUCUUCCCCGAGUCCCCCUAUUGGCUUAUCAGACGUGGCCGAGUAGGCGAUGCUAAGAAAGCACUCCGCCGUAUAUAUGGUUUCAACGAUACCGAAUACUACGAUAUAGAAGUCAGACGCAUCGAGGAAGAAAUUCGACUCACCAACGACCUGCAUGGUAACGUUGACAACACACCUCCAAAGAGAAUCUUGGGCAUCAACGUACAAGCGGAAACAGAAUGCUUCAACAAACUUAACCGAAAGCGUACUUUUACUGCUAUUUUUGCUGCCUCAGCUCAACAAAUGAUUGGAGCAACCUUUGUAAUCGGCUACGCUACAUACUUCCUUGAACUCAUCGGCGUCAAAGACUAUUUUGGCGCCUCGAUCGCUUUAUAUGUUGUUAUGCUUGUCGCUAGCACUGCCGCGUUUCCCCUCACAGAGAUAUUUGGUCGUCGAUUUCUCAUUGUCGGUCCCCAGUUCGUACUCUGCUUGAUGCUACUGAUCAUGGGAAUCCUGGGAUGCAUUCCCGAUACGAAAAGGGCAAGCUGGGGUAUCGUGGGCAUGCUGUAUGUUUGGGCGCUGAUCUAUCAGCUCUCAAUCGGCGCCACGGGAUUUGUCCUGGCGUCGGAAAUUGCAACCAUGCGGCUCAGAGCGGCGACCCAAGGCUUCAUCACCAUCACUAACUCGGUAUGGGGUCUGAUCAUGCAGUUUACAGUCCCGUAUAUGAUUAAUCCCGACGCCGGAGACCUGGGCGGAAAGGUCGGGUUUAUAUUCUUGGCUACUGGAUUGAUCGCCGGUUUCGGCGGCUGGUGGUUGUUUCCCGAAACCAAAGGUCUUUCAUUUGAGAAGAUGGACGAGCUUUACGCCAUGAACGUCCCUCCUAGGAAGUUUAAAGAGACUGUUGCAAGGUCUGAUGGUCUAGAGACUGUUUUGACUGAUACAAAGACAUCUAAAGGCGUAGUUAUAGUAGAGAGAGCUUAG